GAGCUGUGCCUGGCGCGGGGAGAGCUCUGACCCAGCCGCCCACUGGCACCAGAGUCCCUCAUGCAGCCACGCGCGAGGUGACGCGCCUCCAGCGCCGGGACCGGCUGUCCGAGAUCGGCUGUCCGGCAGCGCCGUGCCGCCCCAGCGCGCUGCCAAGCUUUCACGCGUCUGCCUGCCAUCGCGGCUGUGCGACACCCGACACCCGCAGUUGCCUGAAAAUGGAGGACUACGAAAUAUUCUGUAAGAAGCAUCUCUCCAGAAUCCAGGAAGAGGCAACAAAAAGAGACAACUCAUUCACUGUGUUGGACAAAAAUGUCUCCCUCAUUCAAUUCCACGGAGUUCCAGUGCUCUCCCCUCUGCUGAGCUUUGAAAAGAGAAAGGAAAUACAGCAGUACAGACAGAAAGCACUGGAUCUAGAGACUUGGAGACAGAAUUCCCACAAAAGAGCCUUACUGAAUCGUGUUCAGGAGAUUCUAGAAAACAUUCAGAACAGGAAAGUAUCUAGUGUAAGUGACGUGAACACGUGGGAGGCUGAGAAUACUUGCCCCACUUCAGAGUCAAAAGCUUUAACUGAUCUCACAGCUCUAUCAGAUGCCAACUUGCCAUGUUCUCCUGAAAGGCAUCGUCCAGUGGAGCCUGAAAAAAAACAAGAGCUUAUGCCAUCGGAUACUAUGCAGCAAGUGACGUCAAAUGUGCCAGAAGUAGGUAAACCAGCAGAAGAAAAUGUUUCUUCAAAGGAAAGCGAGAGUCGCUUCUCAAAAGACGUACCUUGUCCAAGGGCUGUAUCUCCUGACAGUGCGCAGAGUAAGCUUGUGUCCCCUGCUUUGCAAAAGCAAGAGGGACAAGGAGUGCCAUCAUCUGACAAGGAAGUCCAAGAUCCAUAUGCAAUGAGUCUUCAGAACCUGAUGAAAAAGUCUAGGGAAUACAUAGAGAAAGAGCAAACCAGGCGUAGCUCAAAAAGUAGUUCAAAGAAGAGUAUGAAUGAAAGCCAUUCAGACAAAGAAAAUGAUGCUGUUAAAACAACUGACUCUGUGAAAGAGAGAGCAAAGCUUACAGGCAGAAGUUCUACUGUUCUGCCACUUGAUAAACCCUGUCUUAAUAAAUCAAAUACCCAUAUCCAAGGUGCCUCUACUCAUACAAGUAACACAAGUAUGUCAACUUUAUCCAGUUUUUCUAAAGUGGAUAUACCUAUGAGAGUUGGAACACCCCCAUUGGUGGAUUCAGAUUCAGAUGAAGAAUUUAGAAAUACUUCCAUAGCUGAUCGCGACAGUAGCAUUGUCAGGAGCCUCACAGGAUCCUAUUCCAAACUGCCCAGCCCAGAGCCAAGCAUGAGUCCAAAAAUGCACCGAAGGCGCCCGAGGCCUCUAUCAAUGGGACACAUAGUUAUAAAUAACCCUGUGAAUGCUUACGAAUUAAGUCCCAAAGGCAAGGGUAGAGCAAUGGAUUUAAUUAUGCAAGAUAUUGCUGAUAAAAAUAACGUGUCCGAGUCAGUGCCAAAGUUCAUGGUGGACUUUACUAUGCUUUGCCCUAGCAGAGUUCCUGGUGUCAUCAGGAGUUCUUCAGGCCCUGCUGAUGGGUUGGUGGUUGGCAAACCAAACAGACAUUCCUUUGGGCACUCAGAAAGCAAAGGGACAUUGAGUGCUGCAGUGGAAGGACAGGUAGUGAUGGACAACAGAGGUCCAUACAAAGUAGAGACUGGUGCUAAUAUUGUAGGUCCGAAAUUGAAUGAUCCGUUUUCCAUCAAUCAGUCUACAGUAACACAGAAGCUCCUAGCUGUGAAUGAAACCAAACCGUCUAGUUUGCAAGAGAAUACUAAAUCUCCAGUAGAACUCAAUAAAUCUUACGAUGUAGAAAGCCCAUCCCCACUACUAAUGCAGAGCAAGAACGUGCGCCAGCAGAUGGAUACUCCAAGUGUUCCCCCAGCAAACGAGCAGUUUCUAGAAAAUAGUUUUGAAAAGGUAAAACGUAGACUUGAUUUGGACACUGACAGCUGCCAGAAAGAUAACAAUCCCUGCGCUCUAACAGUUGGAAUGGAAGAACAGGAGAAGCAAUGGUUGCAAGAACAGAAAUAUCCCGUGACAUCAGUUUACAUUGCUAAGAAUGCGGCCCCUGAUUCAAGUAUGGCAAAAGAAGAGAUUUUGAAGACUAAAAUGUUGGCCUUUGAAGAAAUGAGGAAGAGACUUGAAGAACAGCAUGCGCAACAACUGUCAAUUCUGAUAGCAGAGCAAGAGAGAGAACAGGAGAAACUGCAGAAGGAACUGGAAGAACAGGAGAGAAAGGGAAAGAAGAUCGCUACAACAGAAAUAGAAAUUUCCAAAGUGAAUAUUAACAGUAGGAUGGAGUUGGAGUGGAGAAAAAGUGAGAGUGGCUUACUGGAAAGUGUGCAGUCUCAGCUGGAGACGAUCCAUAAUGCAAACUCUACAAGCAUUGGUUUUGCUCAUACUACAUCACCUAACACCUUUACUUCAACAAGUGAAACUUCAUUCUUUCUCUGGGGACCAACAGGUAGCGGAGUUAUAAAAACCUCAGUAUCUAGGCCGAGUAACAGGAUCAAAACUAGGUGGACACAGAUUUUCACUCCAGAGAUACAAAUGAAGUUUGAUAAGAUAACUGCUGUGGCAAAGGGAUUUCUUACACGUAGGCUCCUACAGACAGAGAAACUGAAACAUCUCAAGCAAACUGUAAAAGAUACUAUGGAGUUCAUAAGAAAUUUUCAGUCUGAAGCCCCAUUAAAAAGAGGAAGUGUUUCAGCACAAGAUGCAUCCCUUCAUGAAAGAGUAAUGGCUCAGCUGCGAGCUGCUCUAUAUGAUAUCCAUGACAUAUUUUUCACAAUGGAGGCAUCAGAAAGAAUGAACAUUCUGCGUCAUGAUCGUGAAGUUCGUAAAGAGAAGAUGCUCAGGCAAAUGGAUAAAGUAAAGAGUCCAAGAGAGAGAGCAACACUUUCAACAGCUACACAGAAAUCUCUGGAUAGGAAAAAGUACAUGAAGGCUUCAGAAAUGGGAAUGCCUAGUAAAAAAAUAGUCAUAAAACAAAAAAGUCCUGAGAGCCGAGUACUUCAACCAAAUCAAGGACAGAAUGCCCCGGUUCAUAGAUUACUUUGCAGACAAGGAACCCCUAAGACCUCAAUGAAGGGGGUUGAGCAAAAUAGAAAGAAGGCCUCAGAGAGCAGAGUGUCUAACAAGGCGGUUUCAGGAGCAUAUGCAGGAAGAACCCAAAGAAAGAAGCCAAAUGUUGUGACAAUUUAAGACGACAGCACUCACUGGGAUGAACAGGCUAUUCUUUAAUGAUGGUAUUCUCAGCACUGAUUCAUGCAUUUCAUCUCUUAAAUGCAUAUCUAUAUUUUGAAAUGAUAAAUGUACUUUGUCUUUUCCAGAUAAUGACAUAUUAAUACAACCAUAUCUAAGUAAUAAAGAGAUGUAAAGCUCUAACACUGUGCAAAAAUCGCAUGCUAAAACUUGUGUACACAGUGGUAUGAAUAUAUAAAUUCAUAAUCUUAUUAAAAAAAAGACCAUGGAGCAUCAUCAAGCUAAUUUGGGACAUCAUAUGCUCUAAUUCUUGUCUGCAACAUGAUUUUUGUAUUACUUAAAAUGGCAAUUUCUGUGUAUGGUUUACCACUGUAAUAGGUCAUGCAUGUACGUUUUUAGCUUCACACCAUACACUUAAAGCACUUAAAUAAGAAAAAAAAAAUCCCUUAAAACUGACCUCUUCAGUCAGUGAAUUUGUCAGCAGCUGUUCUGAAUGCAGUUAGCACUUCCCAUAUUAAUGGCCAAAAUUUGUUGCAAUUGUUCUGAGUUAUACAGACAGGGAUUCAGAUUAAUUACUGGACAGACAGGUGUACUUCCAUUUUCUAUAGAAACUGCACAUUUAUACACAUGACAGAUAAAACCAUUGUACUGGAAAUCCUUGGAUUUUUUUCCUUGCAAUCUGUGGCACUUCCUUAUGGAAACAAACUUUUGGACUGGAUGAAGAGAAGCAUAUGUUCAACCAAAAUUUGAGAAGGCAAGAUUUUAAUUGUUUUACCAUUUCAGACUUGCACAUGGUUGUCCAUAAUGACUAAUAUGCCUUAUGUUUUGCUGAUGACAAUUGCCAUUUUUCUAAGCAGUUUCUCUUGUAUCAUUAUCUAACAGCUCUUGUACUGAAAUGAAAUCAUGUUUCCGGAUUUCAAGGGGAAGAAAAUCCCUACCAAAACCCUUCAAAAAGGGGAUUCUCAUAUUUAAGAAAAUGGAACACUGAAAGAUAGUGCUCAUAUUUUGCCUUGAUCGUCACACUGAUGAGUGUUAUGCUUCGGCCUGAGGGGAGCGUAAGUCUGGAAGUUCUGUCUCUAAUGACACAGCUUCCAGACAGGGUCCUGCUGACAGGUUGUUAACAUUAGAAGAAAGAAGAUAAAAGCUUGGCUAUUGCAGUCUGUGCAGUACUGUUUUGUUUUUUUUUUACUGUGUAAGUAGUGCUAGAGAACUGAUCACCUGAAAGUGAAGGGUUAUUUUGUUUUCUUCCCUAUAUCAAUAGGGUGCAACACCCUGGGGCCUUUGUAACAUUUUCUCACUGAUAUGAGAGGAAAAAGUGAUCAAAAACUUAGUUUGCAACCACUGUUAAAAAGAAAAUUAACAGUAGGAUGAAGGGAGUAUAUUUGGUGACAGUGAUGAAUUAGCUGGCUUGGUUGUGGCACUGGCUGUGACUUGUAUCAGUAAGUCUGGCUUGCACUGCUUGUGACAGUGUUAAAUGUUUCUUAACAGGUGAUACCAAAUUGCCUACUUAGAAAAAGGCAAAAGGCUUUGGAGGUCGAUGCUGCUUGGUGGCUCUGCUGUGGCUCUAGGGUGCCUUCCCUGGUGGUGUAAAUGCAAAAGCUUGCACCAGUGAAGUACCUGCUGCCCUCAUAUCAAUUUGGUGAUUUUUUAAGAAAAAAAAAAAAACUUUGCAAUCCUAAAAAGUACUUGAUGUUUCCUGCUUAUUCAGCAGUCAUCAGAGCUUUGCUUUGGUUCCCAAGUUUCCUGUGUUUGGGUACUCACAAGAUAGGAGUGGAAAUCUAAGGGAAAAGAACAGAGUGUGACCCGUGUCACAGCCGACACAAAAGUCUGCUGUGGGUGUAUCAGUGCUAAGGCUUGGUGUAUUUAAAGGGUGUUUUAUAUACUGUACUUAUUGUUAGAAUAGGCGAUGUGUUGAUAUCAAAGUAGCGUUAGUAAAUGUGAGUGCUUACUUCCAGGUUUCACGUCUGAGCCUCUUUUCCUUCCAGCAUGUUUCCAGUCUGUGUAACAAGGUGUUGUACUGCAAGUUGUUUCUUUUAACUUCCAUGAGGCCUUUCUCUUGACAAGUGCCGGAAUUUGGUUUUGUACUUGGUAUGUUUAUUUAUACAUAUUUAAUUUUAUCUGAUUUUAUUUUGUGUGCGGUUGUAAUAUCAUAAAAGCAUAUUUAUUUUUGUACUUUCAUUUUCACCAGUCUUGCUUUUUACUUAAGCAUACUACACAAUAAACUUGCAAUCUUUAAAAAGA